CACUGUUCAUUUUAACAAGAAUAUGUCUCACCAAGAACUCUUUCUUUGACUAGUGAACGAACAACAGAAAUGGUUGUUAAAAAGAAACAUAACUUAACACACUCUUAUACAGUACAACCUGUUACAUCAGCUGAUGGCCAUUUAUUAGGAAAAUUCUUUCUCAUCCUUCAAGAGAAAGAAAAGGAAUUCGGUAAAAGAGUGCAGAAAAAGAUUUAAUUGUACUGUCAAAUGUUGUAGUAAGAGUUUCAAAAUCAGGAAAAAACAGUGAUGAAAAACAUCACACUUUUUUAAAUGAAGUUCUGCAUCCUUUGGUUGGUAAUAAAUUUCUUCUUUUUUUUGAUUCUCGGAAAACCCAAGCUGAUCUAACAAAAUUUAGAGCAGUAUUUCCUAACCAAGACAGUUAAUUAUUGAUUUUUCCUAAAGGAUCAACCGGUUAUAUUCGAUCAUAAGAUCUUUCUUUAUUUCACUCAUGGCGAUUUAUUCAUGAAAAAAUUGAACAUUAUGUUCAUAUCAAUCAAACAGAAAUAACUAUAAAUGAUUGCCAAUAUUUCAUCAACAUCCAUUCUAUUAUUCAUAAUCAAUCAUCAGCUUCACAAUUUAAAAAUCUCAUCAAGAAUGGAUUUAUACCAGCUCCAAUAAUAAAUGAAACAAUUGGAUAGAUUGAAAAACCAACAGAUGUUUGCUUCUAAUUUUAUGAUCUGUACUGUUCAAUUAACAAUUGCAAUGAACGAACACUAUUAAAGUGUGCUUGAUGUGAAAAAAACUCUUUGUUACUAUCAUUUAAUUGAAAGUCUACAUCAACAUUUAUAGUAAAUUUGAUAAAAUAACAUAUUAUGCGAUCUAUUGUUUUCAGUUGAAAUAUAAUCGAAACUCUUGAUGAUUUAAAGAUUUUGAUAAAUGCUCACUGAUAUUUAUCUACAGUGAUACUACUUAAUUUCUAGGAGACAUCAAAACUAAUUUGAUCUUAAUUUGUAAUAUAGAUAAAUCUCAGACAGAUUCUCGAAACCUACCAUUAAAAUGCUCAGUUAAUUGCAUAAAAAAUUAAUGUAAAUAAUCCUAAAGUUCCUAUAUACCCAACCAUCAGUACCGUAAAAAUUGAAUAUCUGCUGCUAGACAAGCCAAUGGUCGCUAAUAUUUUAACCUUGUUAGUUUAGCAGUGAAAGCUUUCGUUUGGCGCCAAAAUAUCAAGUGUAGCUCGGUCACAAUACAAAUGCCUCCAUUGUAAGUACCUCGUUAAUAAUCUACGCUUAUAUUCAAGUAAUUACAUGUCGGCAAUUCUCGUUGGUUUAUAUUAAUGAUAUCGUGGUGUGUUCGCGUUCAUUUGAAAAACAUCUCAAUCAUCUUACACAAGUAUUAUCUGCUUUAUCCAAACAUAAUUUUCAACUUAAGCCGGUCAAAUGUAGUAUUUUUCAUCAACAAAUUGAUUAUUUAUCUCAUACGAUAUCUGAACAUGGUGUUAAGCCAACCAGUGAAAAAAUUCAAGCAAUUAUUAAAUUACGACAACCUACUAAAUUAGCUGAAACAAAUAAAUUUCUCGGUGCUCUUUCGUGGUAUCAUAAAUUUAUACCCAAAUUUGCAACCAUUGCUGCACCUAUUCAUGCUGUAAAAAUCUUAAUAAAAACAAAUAGACACAAAUUCGAAUGGGGUGCUUCUCAAUCUCAAGCGUUUUCACAAUUGAAGCAAUUAUUAAUUACUUCCCCAUUAUUUCUUGAUUUUCCAGAUGAUAAUUAUCCUGUUAUAUUAACAAUGGAUGCAUCAGAAAUUGGUACUGGUGGUACAUUACAACAAAAUAUUAAUGGUAAAAUACAAAAUUUAUAUGAUCAUUAUCAAGUUAUAUCUUCUACUCAACGACGAUAUGAUCCUAUUGAAUUAGAAGCUUUAGCCAUAUGGUUAUGUUUUCGACGAAUGCGAUCUUAUCUACUUGGUAGAUCUAUUUAA